ACUGAACAUGACAAAGCUUAGCUGUUCCAAUUCAUUCCAUUGGAAGAAAUCGACUGAGUGAAUGCUUUUCACAACUUCACUCUCUCGUCUGCUGCAGUAGACUUGUUUGGAAUGGGAGUUGCACGCAAUAACUUGACUCUUGCUACAACUAUAUUUUGGUUCCAUUUCAUAUUUCUUCUUUUUGUUUCCGUAGCAGGAAACAGUUGUUCUAUGAAAGGAUUCGAAACUGAAAUACUUCCCUGUGAACUUUGUUCUGCCAUACAACUUGCACAGAUAGCAGAGGAUUGUCAGCAAUGUUGUUCAAAAGAGCUGGGAAGUGAAGACGAUAGAAACUGGCACUUUGUCAAAAUAGAAUUGGUGACCCCGCCCAAGCAGUUUCUAGUUUCCGAAUAUGACGCUCUGAAAGAGUUUCUGGACUCCGAUCGGGUUGGUUCAUUUUCGAACUUUCGAGUUCGGACAACGCAGACUUUGGGUAGACCUUUUUUAAGAGCUUUUACUAGUUUGGAUACUCCAGCCAAAAUCUUUUAUUUAGAAAAGUGGAAGUAUUCUGAUUUGUUGGAAUUUCUGUCCUUUUUGUCAGAAUGAUAACACUAGAGUAUCUUGUUCUAUCUAUACGGAAUUGCUUAAGUGAAAAGAAUCUGAUGAGGAAUAAAAGUCCCUACGCACCCUCCAGAAGCUCAUUGAAGGAAAGAGCCGAAAGCCUCUGCACAAUUAUUUUAUUCUUUUCUUAUCAUCGAAGAUUGGGUUAGAGUGUGUGUGUGUGUGUGCGCGCGCAAGUGUGGGAGUUU